AUGCUAAGUAACCUGAGCUCUAGCUGGACAUCUAAACCUCCUUUGGCUAUUAAAUACCUGUUGGAUCCCAGUUCAAUCGAGCAGUCAGGUGAUUCCAAGAGUCUUUGCUCCACAUUGGAACGGCUCUUGGCGUGGGAGAAGAAACUGUAUCAAGAAGUGAAGAUGGCUGCUGAGUCACAAGCAUUGAAAGAGAAAUCAAAAUAUUUGACGUGGACUCCCGAGAUGGAUAAAAUUCUUGGAGCCAGCUUUAUAGAGCAAAUUAAUCAAGGAAACAAGCUUGAUGGCAAAUCAGCUUGGAAGUCUACCGCUUGGACAGCUGCCAUAAAUGCACUUCGGGUGAAUCUAAACGUGAAGGUUGAUAAGCAAAAUAUUCAAGCUCGUUUAAAGACUUGGGAGAAACACCAUGAUAUCUUGCAUCCAGUGUUGAUGUCAUGCAAUUCUGGCAGUCCAAUCACAUGGGAUAACACAACGGGUAGAAUUGUGGUUCAUGAUGAAAACGUGUGGAAUGAACGACUAAAGGCAAAUCCAAAAAUUGCACCUUAUAGGAAACGAAUUGCUAUAGAGAAUUGGGAUGAUAUUUGUGCUCUUUUCUCUCAAGAUCGUGCUGAUGGUCAAGGUUCGAAAACAUUUCAAGAAAAUACUAAUGAGGAGGUUGACAUUGAGGUUGAUUCUGCUACCGUUGGAGAAUCACUCGAUAUGAGUGUUGAAGAAGCUAAUGCUAUGGCAGAUUUGGUGGCCCGAAAAAAACGAAAGGAGACAACAUCUUCCUCAAGUUCUCUAGGAUCAAAGAAGAAAGCGUCAUCGACUAAGGUCAUAUCUGAUUGUGUGCAACGGAUGAGUACUGAUUUUAGUGACUAUCUAAUGGUGGAAAAGAAUAAGUCUGAGCUUGUUGUGGAGCAGAAAAAGCUUGAUAUAGAGCAGAAAAAGCUUCUUAUAGAAGAGAAGAAGCUUAUUAUAGAAAAGCAAAAAAAGAUGAACCCUCAAGAAAUAUUAGCCGAGUUGAAGACAAUUGUUUUGGAUGAGACGCAGUUGAUCAAGGCUCUCGAUUUGAUGAUGCACGAUGGCAUAUUAUUCGAUACAUUUGUGGGUAUACCGGUAGAGUUGAAGUACAGGUGGCUUAAAGCACAACUUGAUAAGUGACUUCAAUUUGAACUUUAUUUGAAUUUAAUAUGUUGUAUUUAAUCUAGGAGACUUUGUCUAUGAAGAAUAGUACCUUUGAAUGUGUUGUUGAAACCUUAGUAGUAGGAGUACCUCUUUUUAUUGUUGUUCUUUUACCACUCAAUAGUACCUCUUUUUAUU